AUGGCCCGAAAUCGCCAUCUCCUCAAGUCCCGCCCGCAACAAGAGCAUCUUUUUUUUAGCCAAACCCCCAGACUUCUUCCCUCCGUCAUCGCUUUUCGCCUCCCAUUCAACUUAACUCUUGAUCUUGCAUCACUUUCCAAUCUUGCAUCUUGCAACAAUCCUGAGAAAAAACUCUCAACGACCUACGCACAACCUGAUAUCGACGACUUCGAUAUAUCACCAAAACCCACACACACAACACAUACCACAAUGUUCGCUAGAGGAAUUCGCGCUGUCUCGCGGCGAGCUGCUGUCGCUGCCCCCCUCGCCCGUCCUACCAUCCUCCCUGCCCGCCAGAUCUCUCCCGCCGUCGCCGUCAACGCUACCCGCUCCUACCACGAGAAGGUUCUCGAUCACUACUCACGACCCCGAAAUGUCGGCUCCAUGAACAAGAAGGACAGUGAUGUCGGAACCGGUCUCGUCGGCGCCCCUGCCUGCGGCGAUGUCAUGAAGCUCCAGAUCCGCGUCGAUCCUGAAACCCAGAAGAUCUCCGAGGUCAAGUUCAAGACAUUCGGAUGCGGUUCCGCCAUCGCCUCCAGCAGCUAUCUUACUGAGCUUGUGCGCGGCAUGAGCUUGGAUGAUGCUGGAAAGGUCAAGAACACUGAGAUUGCUAAGGAGCUCUGCUUACCCCCCGUCAAGCUGCACUGCUCCAUGCUUGCUGAGGAUGCUAUCAAGUCUGCCAUCUCCGAUUACUACACCAAGAACCCCAACGCCAAGGUCAGCAACCUCAGCGGUACUGGCAUGAAGCUCCCUGAGGCCGACGCCGCUGCUGCUUAAACGUGGUUGUUCGUCAAGAAAAUCUCAACAUAAAAAAACACGAAUAUUACAUUGCUUUUACGCCAUGUCACCAUACUUGGGAAACUAGGAAAUGAUACCCUCUUUGAGGCAGGAUGAAAAAAGAAAGUCGUUCGGAACACCAACGAAGGAGGGGGAGUCAUCUUUGGAUCUAGUCUGGAGUAAGACUGUCUGACGCAACACGUCUGACUGGUCUUUCCCUUCUUUAUCCGCACAUUCAUGGGAUCAGUAUUUGGGAGUCAGGGGUUCUUAUUUUUAUUUUCUGCCUAAAAUCACUAUGGUUGUGAUUGGGCUUAUUGGGGAUGCGUGGAAGAAGGGGCCUGCAACUGGAGCGGGGUCGGUAGAAUGAGAUGAACUGUAUCAAAUAGCUACAAGCGCGAAAUGUCAAAUGUCUUCCUCAGAACAAA